UUUUCUCCAAAACUUUUUCGAAACACCCAUCUCUCUCUCUCUCUCUCUCUUUUCCAGAUCGAUCAUUAUUCAAUCCAAUCCAAUUCAAACAGGAAAUCAAACCAACCAACUCAUCAACUACAACUACUAAAACUACCGAUUCCAUUCCAUUAAUAAAUCUACGGAUUGAAUCUAUCUAAUUGAAUUGAAACCCUCAUUUACUUCGCAUCUAAAUCUACCUUCCCUUCAAACUAAACCCUAAUUUCAUUUCAUGCGCACAACACAGAUCUCUCCUCUCCUCCCCGGUCCCCAAAAAUGGCGAUUCAUCAAAACCCACGCAAUUGCAAUUGAAACCGCCCUUCUUCUGUCCCAUCCCCCACACCCACACUUCUUCACUCCCAAUUUUAUCAACAUCUACAACAUCUGAAUGAGAACUGACAAAAAAUGGCUCUUCACUCUCUUUUCCGGAGCCUUCAUCACGUUCCUCAUCUUCCUCUCCUUCAUAUCCGGUCUAACUUCCUCGCACUACUACGCUUUCCCCUCCGCAGUUCAUCGCGGCCCGGGGUAUCCCCCGGCCUUCGCCUACUACAUCACCGGAGGGAAGGGCGACGGCCACAGGCUCUUCCGCCUGUUGCUGGCGGUGUACCACCCGAGGAAUAGGUACCUGCUCCACAUAUCGGCGGAGGGGGCCGACGACGAGAGGCAGCGCCUCGGAGUGUUGGUGAGGUCGGUCCCUGUGGUCCGAGCUUUCGGGAAUGUGGAUGUGAUCGGAAAGCCCGAUCCGAACACAGCCCUGGGGUCGACGAACAUCGCCGGAGUUCUUAGGGCCGCCGCCGUGUUGCUGAAGGUGGAUGGAGGCUGGGAUUGGUUUAUCACUCUCAGUGCUUCGGAUUAUCCCUUGGUUACUCAAGAUGACUUGUCCCAUGUGUUUUCAUCGAUUAGAAGAGACUUGAACUUCAUUGACCACACGAGCGAGUUGGGAUGGAAAGAAGCAGAUAGAAUCAAGCCUGUGAUAGUUGAUCCAAGCAUUUAUUUAGCAAGGAGAUCUAAGGUGUUCUACGCCACUCAAAACCGUUCUAUCCCUGAAGCUUUCCGGGUUUUCACCGGUUCUCCAUGGGUUGUCUUGAGCCGGUCCUUUCUCGAAUUUUGUAUUUUCGGCUGGGAUAAUCUUCCACGUACCCUUCUAAUGUACUCUACCAACGUCGUGUUGCCCCAAGAAGUCUAUUUCCACUCGGUCAUUUGUAAUUCACCACAGUUCAAAAACACCACCGUCAACACUGAUUUGAGAUUCCUCAGCUGGGACGUGCCGCCUAAAAUGGAGCCCCAUUUCCUCACUCCCUCCGACUACAGGGACAUGGUUAAAAGUGGAGCUGCAUUUGCCACACGAUUUGAAAAGGACGGGCCGGUGUUGGACAUGAUAGAUAGAGAGAUCCUUCUGCGCGGCCGUAACCGUGCCACACCGGGGGCGUGGUGCAGGGGUCAGAAGAGCUGGUUCAUGGAUCCGUGUUCAGAAUGGGGCGAUGUGAAUGUUGUGAAGCCAGGGCCUUGGGUUAUCAAGUUUAGGGAGUCAAUGAACCAGUUACUAGCAGAUUGGAACACAAAGUCUAAUGUCUGCACAUGACACGGACAAGGGGAUUGACGAGCACGUAUGUAUUACUUUCGAUGUAGGGUAAGAUAAGGGUGUCAGCAGGAUAUGAUUAUUCCAUGAAUCUUGGGUGUUUCUUACAUUUCUUGUGCAGAGAGACAUCUUGAGUUUCCAUCUAUAGAGUUAUAAAACCCCAGGGCGACUAGAUUUUAUCCUGUAAAUCUUUUUACAUUUGUUUUGUUCUUGUGACAGGCAUUUUAGGAAGAUGGGGUGGCAUAGAAAAGAAAAUGUACCCUUGGAAUUACUAUGAAUUUAAAACAUGUUUAGUGUACUUGGAUGAAUCUGUGAUCCCAAUGUUUACUGAGAUUUAAAUUAUGGUAUCACAUGAUUCUUCACCUUUGUGUAUCUUAUUCUUCCUUUGGUAGCCCUCAAGAAUCAUCAUAUUGCUUUUGUUUGGGUUA